GGAGAGAUAACCAGCUCUCGAACCUCUCCGGGAUCCAGCUUCCGCUCUGCCCGAAGCCUCGCAGAGCUCCGCAGGACUCGACUCGUGCGGCAAGUUCAGCGGGAUCUUCAGCGAGAAGACAGGACUACUAACAGGAAACUCUUAUGAAGGUAAAAUAAAGCAAAAGCUGCUAUGGAGAAUCACGUCACACAGAUUUCCAGAGAUGACCUGGACGAUCUCAGGGAUGCCUUCAAUAGAAUUGAUGUUGAUAACAGCGGCUAUGUGAGCGACUUUGAGCUGCAGGAGCUGUUCAGAGAGGCGAAUUUCUGCCUCCCGGGGUACAAAGUGCGAGAGAUUGUCGAGAUUUUCAUCGCUGGAGACACCAACAAGGACGAGAAGAUCAGCUUUGAUGAAUUUGUUUCUAUCUAUCAAGAACUCAAAAGCAAGGAGCUCAGUGAGACGUUUAGGAAAACUGUCAGGAGAAGAGACGGGAUCCGUUCUUUUGGAGGAACAUCAGGAAACUCCAGCGAGGGAACGCAGCACUCCUACUCUGAUGAGGAGAAGGUGGCCUUUGUCAACUGGAUUAACAAAGCCCUGGCAAAAGACCCGGACUGCCAGCACCUGCUGCCCAUGAACCCUGACGACGAAAGCCUCUUCACCUCUGUGCGCGAUGGCAUCCUGUUAUGCAAAAUGAUCAACCAUUCUCAGCCUGACACGAUUGACGAAAGAGUCAUCAACACCAAGAAACAUGCCACUUUCAAAAUGACAGAGAAUCUGGUUCUGGCUCUGAACUCAGCUUCAGCAAUCGGUUGUACGGUGGUGAGCAUCGACGCCCAUGAUCUGAUGGCUGGGAAACCCCAUCUGGUCCUGGGCCUGCUCUGGCAGAUUAUCAAGGUCGGCCUCUUUGCCGAUAUAGAAAUCGGCAAGAACGAAGGUCUGAUUGGCCUUAUGACGGAUAAGGAGAAUCUGGACGAGCUGAUGUCUCUCUCCCCUGAGGAGCUGCUGCUCCGCUGGGUCAACCGCCAUCUACGCAACGCAGGAACGGACACCAUCAGCAACUUCAGUGAAGAUAUUAAGGACUCGCGAGCAUAUUUCCACCUGUUGGAACAGAUCUCUCUCCAAGAAGAGCAAGAAUACAAAUUGAAAGUAAAGAUCGACAUGAGCGGCCUUAGUGUGCGUGAUUUGGACCAAAGGGCCGAGCUGAUGCUGCAGCAGGCGGCCCGGCUGGACUGUAGACAGUUUGUGUCUCCUCAUGACGUCACAUCUGGCAACAGCAAACUCAACAUCGCUUUUGUGGCCAACCUGUACAACAUGCAUCAUGGUGUUCAGAAGGAGAUCAAUGGCGGCAACAGCAUAGGAACCAUCCACGUAGAGCCUGAGACCAAUGAAGAGAAAACAUUUAGAAACUGGAUGAACUCUCUGGGCGUCUCUCCACGUGUCAACCACCUAUACUGGGACCUGUGUGAUGGUUUGAUCAUCAUGCAGCUUUAUGAGAAGGUCAAUGUGCCUGUGAACUGGAAGAAAGUCAACAACCCACCUUAUCCUGUCCUGGGGGCCAAUAUGAAGAAGCUGGAGAACUGCAAUUAUGCGGUGAAGCUGGGCAGGGAUGAAGCUCGCUUCUCUCUCGUCGGCAUCGGAGGAGAAAACCUGAACGAGGGGAGCAGAAUGCACACCCUGGCGCUGGUCUGGCAGCUGAUGAGGAGGUACACCAUGUCGGUCCUGCCAGAUGCGGGUCAAGGUGGCGAUAAGGUCGAAGACCAGGUCAUCCUUAACUGGGUCAACAACACCUUGAGCCAAAAACGAAAGGACACACAGAUUAGCAGCUUCAAGGACAAACUGAUCAGCACCAGUCUGCCGGUGAUUGACCUGAUUGACGCUAUCGCCCCUGGUACCGUGAAGUGGGACAUGGUGAAGAGGGCCCAGAAAGGAGUGCUGAAGGAAGCCGAUAAACUGAACAACGCAAAGUACGCAAUCUCACUGGCACGUAAGAUCGGAGCUCGUGUCUACGUGCAGCCUGAGGAUUUGGUGAAAGUGAAUCCCAAGAUGGUGCUGACGCUGUUUGCCUCCCUCAUGGGCCACGGUUUAAAUAAGGCCAAGCGCUGAAACAGACUGGACCGAGUCACCUGGAAACCAACAACACAUACAUUUUAUUUCUCUGCGCUUUUUCUUUCCUCUCCCCACAUGAUUUUCUCAUCUAAACUUUCUGUGAUCAGAGCAAGACGCUGUGUUAUUCUCUGUUUCUCUUGUUAUGCAAUUGAUGAGCUUAUCUAAAGUUGGAAAUAAUUGUUCAUCAGCAUUUGCAUUUUUUUGUCGACUGUGAUCUAUCAAAACAAGCUCUGAAUUCUUCUUUCUGUAACAUAUUUGAUGUUGAAUUAUUUCUGUUUACUGCUACACAAAAAUAAAAGGAGAUACUGCAAAAGGAAAAGUAGAAUCAUACACACACUGUGUACCUGUAAAUGUUGUGCAUUGAAUAUUGCUAUUUAAUUAUUAAAGAUAAUCUAUUAAAUGUAAUGGAAAACCGUGUGUUUGUUGUGUCUGGAUAAUAAAGAAAAGAAAAGAAAGCCAUUAUACUCAUGUGGAUUAAG